AAGGCGUGGCACAUUCAUAACUCAUAGUACAGUUACCACUUACCAAACUUCAGACGUAUCAUCGUCGCCCCUCGUAGCCGAUCUAUCCAGGAACAGCAAGCACUUGUUCCUCCGUUCUACUAGUUUUCACUCCAUCUUCUCCCUUACGCUCUCACAAAGAUGAACGACGCCGAUGUCUCUAAGCAAAUCCAGCAGAUGGUCAGGUUUAUCCGCCAGGAAGCCGAAGAGAAAGCCAACGAGAUCGCUGUCUCCGCUGAAGAAGAAUUCAACAUCGAGAAGUUGCAGUUGGUUGAAGCCGAGAAGAAGAAGAUCAGGCAAGAAUACGAGCGCAAAGAGAAGCAAGUCGAAAUUCGGAGGAAGAUUGAGUACUCUAUGCAGCUUAAUGCUUCUCGAAUAAAAGUUCUUCAAGCUCAGGAUGAUGUGGUUUGUUCAAUGAAAGAAGCUGCAUCUAAAGAACUUUUGAAUGUGAGCCGUGAUCAUCAUGUGUACAGAAACCUUCUGAAAGAUCUCAUUGUUCAGAGUUUGCUAAGACUGAAAGAACCUUCAGUCCUGUUGCGUUGUCGAAAAGAUGACCUGCAUUUGGUAGAGGAUGUGUUGAAUCCUGCUGCACAGGAGUAUGCUGAUAAAACAAAUGUUCAUCCACCAGAGAUUGUAGUUGACAAGCAAGUCUAUCUUCCACCUGCACCCACCCAUCAUGAUCCUCAUGGUGUCUUUUGCUCUGGAGGUGUGGUGCUGGCUUCUCGAGAUGGAAAGAUUGUGUGUGAAAAUACCCUCAAUGCACGAUUGGAUGUAGUAUUCCGAAAAAAGCUUCCUGAGCGAUGGAAGCUUGGCAAGCCUUCAUGGAGUGCAGCAUUUGAAGUUAUUCUGAAUCAUUGGUGAAGGUACCUGUCAAAGCUUCUGGUCAAGAGAUUGAUGGAGUGCAACAGCAUUUAACACACACCAGAGAAGUUUCUGAAAAUUAUGCUGAAUCGGCAUUCUACUUUCCUCUGCCACAUCGCAAACUCAUCCCUAAGAUGCAUCUUACAGCCAUGCUUCAUUUGAAUGGAUUAAAUCCUGUUGUAUAUGAAUUGACUGAAUCCAGACCUGUGGGCGGGGGGGCUUAAUGACUAAAAUUUGCUCUGGGCGGAAAUAGGCACUGAUUCCUAUUCGUCUAACAGAUUUCUUUGAACUAACAUCUAUUGGUUGGAUAAAUUGUAGGAUUUAUGAUUCA